AUGAUGGCUCAAACACUCCAGUUCACCAGCUACGAGCAUGAAGAUGCCUGGGACGUGAAUUGGCUGCGCGUGGAUGACACCCAUGAACUUUACUAUCAACAGUUCGGCAAGAAGGACGGAAAGCCUGUCAUCUACCUCCAUGGUGGGCCUGGCGGGAACUGCUCCAAAACCAACACCGUCUUCUUCAACCCCUCUGAAUACCGAGUGGUUCUGCUCGACCAGCGAGGCUGUGGUCAAUCGCGCCCCAAUGCCAACACAACAGACAACACUACUUGGCAUCUCGUCGAAGACAUCGAAAAGCUGCGCAAGCAUCUGAAGUUUUCCAAAUGGCACAUGGUCUUUGGUGGCUCCUGGGGAUCCACACUCGCUCUAGCAUAUGCGCAAACACACCCCGAUAGUGUAGGUACUCUAGUCCUGCGCGGCAUCUUCACCGUGCGAGACAUCGAACUCAAGUGGACCAACCAUGCAGGCGGCGCGCAAAUGCUGUUUCCCGACCGCUGGGAGGACUUUAUCAAGUUCUUACCAGAGGAAGAACGUUCCGAUCAUAUCGGCAACUACCACAAACGCCUCAUGUCUUCGGACUCGUCUAUCAGUCAUCCCGCGGCUGAGGCGUGGAACACGUGGGAGCUAUCAAUCAGCACCCUGUAUCCUGACCCACACGCGUACAAGAAACUGAAAGAACCAGCCUAUCUGCUCGCACAUGCUAGGAUGGAGAUUCACUACUUCAUCAACAAAGCAUGGAUGGAAGACGGGCAGCUGUUGAGGAAGGAGAACGUGGACCGGAUCCGGAACAUUCCGACGACCAUCGUGCAGGGCAGGUACGAUAUUGUCUGCCCACCGGUUACAGCGUGGGAGUUGUACAAGCAGUGGCCGGAGAGCAAAUUGCACUUCAUAGACGACGCUGGGCACAGUGUUAUGGAGCCCGGGACGAGAAGGAAGUUGACUGAAGUGUGCGACGAAUACGCGUCUCUGAGCCUAUCGAUAACCACGAACGGAUAUCUCUCUGCCGCGUCGUUCCCCUUCCACAUCCCAGAAGGACCGCCGUCCGAACCAGUCCCCAGCAGCGACAUAACCCUCAACGCCCUCGUCCAGCAUGGCGUGCACAGGAUGGAUUGCGAUCGCGCAUUCCUUUCGCUCAUUGAUAAUCGAAAUCAAUUCAUAUGCGCAGAGAUGACGAGGCACCAGUCGCUUUCGAGUGCAGACCCGGCCGAGCCGCUCUUGCUGGGUACUUCCCGAAUCGCCCUCGAAUGGGGCGUCUGCCCAUUCACCAUGUGCAUCUUCCAGGGCAAACCAGUGCCUAUGCCGGAAAGUCCCUAUAUCAUUGCCGACAAGUCGUAUUUCUGCAUAAAAGACUUUCGCCAGGUUCCCACAUUUGCCGAGCGCCCGUUCGUGGCUGGCUACCCGCACAUGGUUUCAUACCUCGAGAUACCGCUGUUUGCAAUGUCUGGGCACAUAUUGGGCAGCUACUGUGUUGUUGACACUAAAGAACGGGACUUUCUGCAUCCCAAGUCUCUGAGCACUCUUCGCGAAACUACCUCGGCUAUCAGUGCAUACCUCGAUAUGCGACGCGCCGAAGCUUGUAAGUCUCGAUCUGCUGAGAUGAUGCAAGGUCUUCGCCGCUUUGUGGCUUCAGAUGACAUGGUUCCAAGGUCUGUGGCCCCUGUGCGCUCUGGAGCUCACACAAGCCAAUUCGACCUAGAUGUUUUUGGCGCCGCCUCGCGAAGAAAACCUGACAAGAAGCUAUCCGACGGCACGAAUGCAAGCGUCACCAUGUCAGACCAUGUCCAGUCAUUGCCUGUUUGCGAUACAUCUGUUAUCGUUUCGCCCCAAGAUAAUGUCUCGAAACGGGUCAAAUCUGACUUUGCUACUCAAGUCGACACUCUCUUCAUGAGAGCCGCAGAUAGUAUUGCCGAUGCUAUGGGCCUGGAUGGCCUAGUAUUCUUUGACACUGUUUCAACUUGCGCCCGAAACAAAGGUUGCCAGGUACGAGACAUGUCUCCUGACAAUACAUCUUCGCCAACAUGCGAACUCUUUGCGGUACCUCUGUCCUAUUACCACAGAGAUAACGCCCUCGGAAAGCUGAAAUUGCGUCAGUCGCUAAUCCAGCGCUUGACUGCCAAGUACCCUCGAGGGCAUGUCUUCGCUGUCGAUGAACAUGGGGUCUUCCAACACGAUUGCGAUGACGAACUUGACUCUGCUGCGGAUGACAGAUGGAAUGACCUCUUCAGUUUAUUGCCAAAGACCCGCUACGUAAUAUUCUUGCCUAUGUUUCACUACUCAAGAGAAGCUUGCUACUCUACCUGCCUAGCUUGGGUAUCUGACACAGGCAAAACACUUGACACUGGCGAUGUCAAUUCAUUGACAGCUUUCGGUAACUCGCUGAUGGCUGAGGUCUUUCGCUUAGAAGCAUGCGAGAAUACACUUUCCAAGUCGGAUUUUGUUUCGACCAUCAGUCACGAGUUACGAAGUCCCUUGCAUGGCAUUUUGGCCAGCAUUGAGCUGAUCCAAGAAAACUGCCAGGGAUCUGGUUUGAUGUCGGAGAUCUCCAUGAUUGAGUCUUGUGCGGUUACUCUUCUCGAUACAUUUGACCAUCUUUUGGAAUAUUCCAAAGUGAAUAGCCGCGCCAGCGUUGGACAAAGAGGCGGAAAUGGACAUCCUCGUUCCACCACCCACGUUCAUCACGGUGCAGUAGCUGUCGACUUGGCUUCUAUGGUCGAAGAUGUCAUUGGGACUGUUUCCGUAGGUCAUGACCAUUCUUCGCGCCUCUCUUCUGGACUCAAUAAAGAGCGUCAAGAUUCGUUGGCUGGAUCGCCCGCAACGGCACAAUCCGAGCCUGUCGUCGUCACCACACACAUUGAAAAGGCCCGUGAUUGGACCUUUGUCAUCGACAAGGGUGCUUGGAAGCGCAUUUUACUUAAUGUCGUCAGCAACGCAUUGAAGUAUACCAAGUCGGGUUACAUUCACGUAGGUCUAGCAUUCGUGGAGGCUGCCGAUGACAGUCAGUCACACAUCAGUCUUUCUGUGACCGACACGGGUGUAGGCAUGAGUGAGGAUUUCCUCAAAUAUCAUCUCUUUACACCCUUUACUCAGGAGAAUUUACUAAGUCCAGGAACUGGGCUAGGUUUGAGCUUAGUGAAAAGCAUCGUGGAGUCACUACACGGAACUAUAUCAGUCUCUAGUCGUUUGGGCAAGGGAACGAAGAUUAUCAUCAACAUUCCGGCUAGUCAAACGGCGCAGAUACCAAAUGCGCCACGUGGCGAGAGCGUUUCCUCUCACGAAUGCCUAAGCGGAAAGGCAAUCGGUAUGCUCAGUCUCUCUCUACCCGAAGAGCAAGGCAAAGGGUUUGCACCCUCUAUCGAUUCGCCUCCCGAAGCGCUGGAGCGGGCCGUUCAAAAUAUCUGCGAGGAUCGCUUCGGCAUGAGGUUCACCACUGUUUCCACAGACAUACUCCCGGUUCUGGAUGUACUCCUCAUUGAUCACCAUGCCCUCUCUUCGACACUCACGUACGACUUGAAAGCUUUGUUCCCUACGUAUACGGGAGGGACUUACCCGGUCAUGGUCGACCUGCGCAAUAUUAAAGGCGCACCUCCAGAAUCUGGCACUAGCAAACCCAUGCACACAGUACUAGUCACUGCAAACUCGCUCGGACCUGCACUCAUCUCGGCUAUGAAGGAUGCCACUACCAAGGAGAUGGCCGACGCAGUGCCGUCUAUAGAAGUCAGAAGCAGACCUGACAUGGAGCCAACAGAGCAAUUAGAACAUGCCAAAACAAUGCUAGAGCCAGACCCGCAAACCAAAGUACUUCCACACCGCAGCUUGUCGUUGCAGCGUGUGACACUAGCCGACGCCGCCACAAGUCCUGCUCUACAAGCACCAUUACCAAUACAACCACCUACCCCGCUUACAGGCAGCCCAACAUGCCGAUUCCGCCGUCUGCUCUUGGUAGACGAUAACCCCAUAAAUCUAAAAAUGCUUUGCGCCUUUGCAAAACGCCUCGGCGUACCGUAUUCGAGUGCCACCGACGGCGCAGAAGCGGUGCGUCUCUAUCAAACCGCCACUGAGCAAAGGGACCCAAAAGCAAAUUAUGACUGCAUCUUCAUGGACAUCAGCAUGCCAAUUAUGGAUGGCUUCCAGGCCGUAUCCAAGAUUCGUGGAAUCGAACACGGUUUGAUGGAAAAAGGCAUACCAAGACAGUCCGAUGACGCUGCGAGACAUGGUCUAGAUGGUACUCUAGAGGAUGAGAGAGGUACCCGGGCGUACAUCUUCGCAUUAACGGGUCUUGGUAGCGAGAAAGCGCGAAAGCAAGCGAAGAAUAGCGGUUUUGACGAGUUCCUUCUCAAGCCAGUGAGGUUCAAAGACGUCCUACCGUUGUUGGCACGUCUGCCGACUGCAUGA